ACUUACAACUACCGUCUUACUGCCAUCCAUGCAUUGUACCAUGCUAUCUCCACUCUCUUUGUUUGGAUUAUUCAGCGUUGCGGUGGCCUUGGCACCGCCGCUGACGGUGCAAGAUCACUUUCAAACAACAAUAUCCGGUGGUGUGAAAGUGCCAGUGGUUCUAGGCGUCAUGUCUCGCUGCCCAGAUGCAAUUCUGUGCGAAUCUGUGUUCGAUCGCGUAUUGCAAAGAGUAGGCGACAAAGUGGAUAUUUCAUUGUCCUUCAUCGCCCAACCAAACAACUCGGAGCCCCUUUAUGGUGUAACAUGCAUGCAUGGACGGGAGGAGUGUGCCGGCAAUGUACAAGAGUUGUGCGCUGCCAAAUACCACCCUAUUUCUGAGUGGUGGCCCUUUGUGCAGUGCCAAAACUUUCAGGGGCGUGAAAAUAUCGGCACACCUGAAACUGCCCUCAACUGCGCAAAGGCAGCUGGAAUCAACUGGGAAGACGGCAAGGCUGGUCAAUGCGCAGGAGGAGACGGUCGCGGAACAGAAGGAAUACACCUUUUGCAACAGAGCGUUAAGGAUAGUAUCGCGGCUGAAAUCCAGAAAAGCUGCACAGUUAUCAUUAACGGUCGACAAGUAUGCAUACGGGAUGGCACUUGGUACGAAUGUGAGGGCGGUCAUUCACCGGCAGAUUUUAUCCGACAAAUCAACGAAGAAUAUGACAGACUCAACAGUGCUGAUUAAAGAGAGCGGGCAUGUUCAACAUUUAUAUCAUGAUGCACGUCGAUGCACGCACAUAAAUACCAUCACUCAGCCACCAAGAAUUAGCUCGUACACGAUUAUGACAAGAUUUAGCCCUAUGAGUGGUACUGUGUGUGGAAAGCAUUAGCAAAUUUGUUCCGACCCGAACCUUGUGCUACUUACUACGCAUGAGGGUCCGCACCGCA